AUGGGUGAUGGCGAUCGGCUCAAACCACCAAAUUGGGCGUUUUUGCGAAAAAUCCUGGAGGAUGCUGGUUCAGAUAGGGAAGCAACGAGGAUGCUGGCAAUCAAAAGGUUUGGAGAUGUUCAUUCCAAGUCGCUACAACGAUCAGAGCCUUCGGAGGGAGACAUCCAAGCUGCGGCGUUUGUCUUGCGGAAAGGAUUCAUGAAAGCAAUUACAAAGGGGUUGGAAGAGUCCGUUUAUGGAUCAUGGCUGGUGUAUCCAAGUUCACAUACUCUGACAUCCAACCGCCAGGUUGCUGCUCUCUUCAAGCCUGUCGUCAUUCUGGGAGCCGUUUCAGGCCUUGCAGUCAACGCUCACUCUGUCGAUUACAUGCUGAAAGCUUCUCCCUGCUUUGUACCCCUUCUGAAAGCUCUUGCUCAAAAGUUGCAGACGGUCGGAGACAAGGACUCGAACACUCUUGUCGUCCAGCACAACGCGAUGAAUAAAUUGAUCAACGCGUUACCCAAGCUGUGCCUCUGCGAGUCGGCGUGCAAAGAGAUUGGGAAGAGCACCGCUUUCCUUGCAAUUGUUCUGCAGCACGCUUCCCUAGUUGCCGCGCUGGUCAGCGGCUUUCGAAAUCACCAAAGCGCCAUCUCGCUGCUGCAUUCCGUUCAACAAUAUGCUGACUUUGCCUCCUUAGAAUAUGGCCUGCUCCUGCUGGCAGAAAGGGUCUUCCUGCUUCCUGAUGACAAGGUGACCAUUAGCCGUACGCUGCAGCUGCUCCAGAGGCUUCUCUCAGGCAGGUCACUGGAUAAGAGCAAGUGGCCUGCGUCAGCUUCUGCGUCAUCUUCUACUCCUUAUGACUUCCCUGCUGAUCUGAGGUCGGCGAUGCUUGCCCUGGUACUCUGUCCCAAGCAACUAGACCGCGAGAAUCAGAUUUUGGUGACAAAGCUUGCCGCCUUGCUUAGCUCAGAUGCUGGCCAGGGGACAGCCCUAGGUGAAGAGGAUCAUGAAAUGCUGACUCAGAAGAUGCAAAAGCAGGCUCAGAACGACCCUGUGGCUCAGAAAAAGGUGCAGAAACUGCGACAGGCUCUUGGUUCCACUGAAGAAGAGCAUGUCGAGGCGGGGAAGGAGUUGAGAGGGGCUGAGAGGGGGGCCUCCAAAGUGAAGGAGAAGAAAGGGACCAAGAAGUGCUCAGGGUGCGAGAAGGUCGAGACCAAACGAGGGGAGUUCCGAAAGUGUGCGGCCUGCCAAAAUGCAGUGUAUUGCGGGAGAGAGUGCCAGAAGAGUGCGUGGAAGGCAGGGCACAAGGACGUCUGCAAAGGAGCAAAGAGAGGCCUUCAUUGCUCUGAAGCGGAAGUCGCGAUGGCGGCUGCAGUGUACCGGGGCCAGUUCAAGUUUGAGCUCCUGAGGGAGGCCUUCCGGAAGGAGCAGCUCUCUGGAGCUCCUACGUCAGCUGCUGACGAAAAGGUGACGUCACCCCAGGGGUGCUCUGGAAGCUCAUGUGGGACUGCAGGGAGCAGGGAUACGCGCUGCUUUGAAAGGAGCCCCAGUCAGGAAGAAUGUUCGUUGGGCAGCUUUCUUGCCAGCUUCGGGGUGGUGCGCCCAGAUGACGUCAGCUCGUCCACACCCAGCCUUCAGAAAGACGUCAGCAGAGGCAGGUUGGGCAUGUCACAAGGCGCCCCUGAGGCUUCCUGGGCCUUCCCUGGGGCGGCAACGAAAAGGAAGAGGGUCAGGGGGGCUCUCUUCCGUCAGCUGUCAAGAGAAGAGACGGCAGCCUGGUUUGAUGUGGCAUUGAUGUCAGAAAGAGGACCUAAGUAUUCUGCCGAGAUAAAUGUGGGCUGCAGUUGUGUCGAGGGGGAAAGUUGUCAAGGUCUUUCUAACGAGAGUCUGGCCUCUGCUUUUGACGAGGUUUUGAGAAACGGGUUUGUUCGCUUGCCCCCAGUUAUGGAAGGUUCCUUAGAGGGAGAAGACGGGUUGCAACUGGAGCAGUGCGAGCAACCAGCUGAGUCUGGUCAGGAGUACCUUUGCUGGGAGCCAGAAGAGAUUCUGGAUGCAGAGUUGACUCUUGGACCUAACAACGAGUUUGAUGGUCUGGAAGUGGUUGGUGGAAGAAAGUACGAUCUUCCAGUCUUGAUGAUGGGCCUGAAAGCGCGGAUUCACAACAAGGUGCCUCACGACGAGGGCCCUCCAGCUGCUAGAAGGAAGAGGGAUAGAUAUGGAAGGUGUUAGCUGCAAGAAUGACCUGUAUAUAGGCUGUGAUUGAGAAUACGACAACACCCACGUCAGUAUAUAGGUGACAAGAUGCAUGUACAGUAAAUCUACUCACGAUUCUCGGAAGUUUUGCUAAGUUAACCAGCUUUCAAGCUGUAGCUUUAUGUCCGCGGAUCAUUAACCUGCCAUUCAAUUUGCGAUAUUAGCACUAACAUCGGUCUGGCACGAUCAAUGCUUGCGGCGACGUGCAGUCAGGAAAAACUUACUCUGGGUCGUUCUGCACCCGUGACCAACAACUAGUAAACCUGAGCUGCA